AGCAGAAAUAUCCACAGUGUUCCAGUCUGGAGGGAUUGAUAUUUGGGAUUAGCUGCAGCUCUCUUUGCCUACACAAGUGCCAGGGGCAUGAGUGUGUGUGCGUGAGUGUGUGUGUCCGUGAGAGGGCUAUGCAGUCGGCGCUCCACACACACGGAGCAUGCCUGUGAGCCGCGGCUCCGGCCAACAUGAGCCUUCCGAGCUCAGAGCGCGUCGUCCACAGCAUCAGCCCGAACCUGCGUGCACCCUCCUCCCUCCUCCGCUCCCACCCUCGCUCCCCCCGUCGCUCCCUCUCCUCGUCCGCCAGCCUCAGCCGCACCGCCUCUCCCGCGCCAGCCAGGGGGACAGCUCCCGCAGUUCCCACGGUGACUGUUGCCGAGCGCCGGCCGGCCCCAUGGAGGAAGCCCAGGGCAACACGCUGGUCAUCCGCAUCGGCAUCCCCGACCUGCAACAGACGAAAUGUAUGAAGUUUAACGCAGAGUCACCGAUCUGGCUGUCCAAGCAGCGCAUCCUGUGUGCACUGAACCAGAGUCUGAAGGACGUGCUGAACUACGGUCUGUUUCAACCUGCGUAUAACGGCAAAGCAGGAAAAUUCCUAGACGAGCAGCGCACACUGAAGGAAUAUCCACUUCCCUCUGUCACUCCCAUACCGUACCUGGAGUUUCGUUACAAGAGGCGUGUGUACUCACAGGCACAUCUGGAUGAUAAACAGCUGGCUAAACUGCACACUAAGGCGAACCUGAAGAAGUUCAUGGAAUAUGUUCAGCAGCGCAAUAUUGAGAAGGUGUCCAAGUUUCUGGAGAAGGGACUCGACCCAAAUUUUCACGAUCAAGAGAGCGGAGAGUGUCCGUUAACGAUGGCGGCUCAGUUGGAGGGCUGUGCAGAGCUCAUUAAGGUUCUGAAAGGUGGAGGAGCUCAUCUGGACUUCAGAACCAGAGAUGGUAUCACCGCUCUUCACAAAGCUGUGCGCACAAAAAACCACACAGCACUCAUAACCCUGCUGGACCUCGGAGCAAGCCCGGACUAUAAAGACAGCCGUGGUUUGACGCCGCUGUAUCACAGUUCCAUGGUGGGUGGGGACCCGUACUGCUGUGAGCUACUCCUGCACGACCACGCUCAGCUGGGCUGUGUGGAUGAAAACGGCUGGCAGGAGAUCCAUCAGGCCUGCCGUCAUGGUCAUGUGCAACAUCUGGAGCACCUUCUCUUCUAUGGAGCUGAUAUGAGUGCACAAAACGCCUCUGGAAACACUGCCCUACACAUCUGUGCCCUCUACAACCAGGAUAGCUGUGCACGUGUCUUGCUGUUCAGAGGAGCAAAGAAAGAGAUAAAAAACUACAACAACCAAACUGCCUUCCAGGUGGCUAUCAUAGCUGGAAAUUUUGACCUGGCAGAAAUAAUAAAAGUUCACAAAGCAUCAGACAUUGUGCCUUUCAGAGAAACACCCUCCUACACAAACCGGCGGCGUGUGAUCACAGGAGGCAGCACUCUGACCUCAUCACGCUCCCUGCUUCGCUCCACCUCGGACAACAACCUGAACGGGGCCGAGGCGGGCACCCCUCACUCACCUGUGCCCUCUCUGCGCAGCCUGCCCCCCCUGGCACCGCCGGGAGGAGAGGCGGCGGCCGACGGCAGCCUCCAGAGCACCGGCAGCUCCCGCUCAUCCCACUCGCGCUCGCCCUCGUUACACCGGGUCAGCGAGGAACCCGACGCUCCCCCCCUGCGCAGGCACCCCACAUUCACGCACGGUCACGCCCGUGGUCGUCUCAGCCCUGGGACGGUGCAGCGGGAUGUGAGCCCUCCGCCGUCGGGGCCCUCGCACGCGCUCGCCAGCGCCCGGGGGCCCAAACGGAAACUCUACAGCGCCGUGCCGGGACGCACCUUCAUCGUGGUGAAGCCCUACACGCCCCAGGGGGAGGGAGAAAUCCAGCUCAAUCGAGGAGAAAGGGUCAAAGUGCUGAGUAUAGGAGAAGGGGGCUUCUGGGAGGGCACGGUGAAGGGGAGGACCGGCUGGUUUCCUGCCGACUGUGUGGAGGAGGUGCAGAUGAGACAGUUUGACCCUCGAUUAGAAACAAGAGAAGAUCGUACCAAGAGGCUGUUCAGACACUACACUGUGGGCUCGUACGACAACUUUACCUCUUAUAGUGAUUACGUAAUAGAGGAGAAGGAUGCCGUGCUGCAGAAGAAAGAAAACGAGGGCUUCGGUUUCGUCCUGCGAGGAGCGAAAGCAGAGACACCUAUUGAGGAGUUCACGCCCACACCAGCCUUCCCUGCACUGCAAUACCUGGAGUCUGUUGACGUGGAGGGCGUGGCCUGGAGGGCGGGGCUGAGGACAGGUGACUUUCUCAUCGAGGUGAAUGGAGUGAACGUCGUAAAGGUGGGGCAUAAGCAGGUCGUGUCCCUGAUUCGCCAGGGUGGAAACAGGCUGCUGAUGAAGGUGGUGUCUGUCUCACGCAAGCCAGAGAUGGAGGACGUGGUCAGGAAGAAGGCGCCGCCGCCACCCAAGAGAGCGCCCAGCACCACGCUCACGCCCAGGUCCAAGAGCAUGACCGCUGAGCUGGAGGAACUGGAAAGGCUAGAUGAAAUUUUGGCCUCUCAGGAGUCGGUACUGAGGUCGCAAGUGGAGGCAGAUUACAGAGCAGCCACCGUAAAGCAACGACCGACCAGCCGCCGAAUUACACCAGCAGAAAUCAGUGUAAGCCACCGUUCUCUUUUUGAGCGUCAGGGUCUUGGUCUUCAUGGUGCUCUUCACCCAGCGCUGGAAAAAGCUCACAUUCAGCUGCCCAAAGGCAUGUCCAGAACAAAGUCCUUCGGAGCUACGGAAGAGGAUCGGCUGUCUGCCCUGGUGGCAGAGCACAGGUUCCCCCGAAGCUCCUCGAUGACCGACAGCCUGAGAGAAAGUCACCGUAUCCCUCCUCCUCCUCAGACGGCGCCGCCUCCACCACCCUCACUCUACUACCUGGAGAUGGGUCCACCUCCGCCUUUCUGCCCGCCCCCUCCUCCGAGCCGCCUUCACGACCCCGGCCGAUCCAGCUUCAAGCCAAGCUCAGAGGCCCGGCUGCACGCUCUGCCUCAGACCAUGUCCGCCGAGCUGUACGAGCCCCCACGCCACAGUGCCCACAUAGAGCGGCAGAAGAAGUCCCGCUCCAUGAUUCUCCUGCAAGACUCCACUCACCUCCCCGUGGAACCCACAGACAUCCCGCGGCCUGGCCCGGCCGCCACUCCACCAGAACGGAUUAAGCGCAAGGGGCGCGUCAUCGACAACCCUUAUGCCAACGUGGGCCAGUUCAGCAUAGGCUUGUACACGCCGCCAACCAGCAGGCCCCAGCGCAGGAAAAGCCCACUAGUGAAGCAGCUGCAGGUAGAGGAUGCCCAAGAGCGUGCCUCACUAGCGCUGGCGUCAGUCCACACCAGGGAGUAUUCGCCCACGGGUCGAUUGGCUGCUCACCAUACUAGCAGGGCAGAAUACUACCAGCAGCAGCUCUUGCAGGAGCGAACUCGUGCACAAGCUGAAGGGCUUCUUCAGGGCAAGGGCCAUUUCGCAGCUGCCAUUGCUGGUGCCGUUAAGGACCGGGAGCAGCGGCUUGAGGACCGACGGAAAUCCACAGUCUUUUUGUCUGUGGGUACCAUGGAAGGCAGCUCAGCCCCACCACUGGAGUCCCACUUGCUCACGCAGUCCCAUUCGGUAGAUGAACGCCUGCUUACCAGUGAACUCACUCAGCUGCCUCCGCCCGCUUUGGCUUUGCGACCCUCUCCGGGAGGAACGACCUUCAUCCACCCGCUGACAGGAAAGCCCCUCGACCCCAACUCGCCUUUGGCACUUGCGCUGGCCGCAAGGGAGCGUGCUUUAACCUCCCAAACUCAGUCUCCUUCUAGCAGCCCUGAGCCCAGGACUAAGAAGGAGACCGCUGGAGGUGUGUUGUUUAUGGACACCAAGACCAAAGAGACCGACGGCGAUGGGGAGCUUUCCUCUCGCUCCUUGUCCCCUGGAGAGAAAAGGAGCUACACUCCCACUUCCACUAGCAAAAUCCACUGGGGGACGCCCACCUUGAAAAGGAAAGAGAUAGACACAGUAACAGAGAUGAAGCAGGAAAGGAAGGUAGAAGACAAAAAGAGCAUGAUCAUUAGCAUCAUGGACACAUCACAGCAGAAGACUGCUGGACUUAUUAUGGUUCACGCAACCAGUAACGGACAGGCAGUGGGACUGGGCACAGAACGUGUCUCCCCCCCUCCCAAAGGCAUUGUAUUCGAGAGCUCAAAACCCACACUAGCUGAGAUUAAACGGACCAAGUCCCCCAGCCCUGAAGCAUCCUCCACAUCUACCCCAACCCCACAGGCACUCACUAGUCCUGCUUCAGAUAAAACCCCUCAGGCCUCCUCUAGCCCUUCUUCAGAUAAAACUUUGGCCCAGGGAAGCUCAGAAGAAGAUGUGGACACCUAUACAGUGACCUUACCUCCUGCAAUGCUGUCCUCCAGUGACGAAGAGACACGGGAAGAACUGCGCAAGAUCGGUGUGGUUCCUCCACCGGAUGAAUUUGCCAAUGGUCUCCUGCCAGAGGCGCCCGCAGCUUCUGCUGUACCUUUGGCAGCCAAGCAGGCAACCCCUUCAGUACAAGCCCCAGUCCUGACCCAUUCCCAAGCCCCUUCAGCUGCAACCACUACCGCAGCACAGGCCUCUUCCACCAGCGGCCCUCCAGCAGCCUCAGGAAAACCAUCUGAGCCCCAUUUGGGCCCAGAGUCCGCUGCUGAUUCCGGGGUAGAGGAGGUAGACACUCGUAGCUCCAGCGAUCACCAUCUGGAGACCACGAGUACCAUCUCCACUGUCUCCAGCAUGUCCACACUAUCCUCAGAGAGUGGCGAGACCACUGACACCUACACAUCUAAUGCUGAUGGUCAGACCUUCAUCCUCGAUAAGCCGCCAGUGCCUCCAAAGCCAAAGCUCAAGUCUCAGCUCACCAAGGGCCCCGUGACGUUCAGGGACCCCCUGCUUAAGCAGUCCUCAGACAGUGAGCUGCUCUCACAGCAGCACGCAGCUGCGCUGGCUGCUGCCACGGGGGCCUCGGGCCCGGCAAGACCCCGCUACCUCUUCCACAGACGGUCCAAGCUAUGGGGCGACCCCAUAGAACCUCGCCCACUUGCAGGUGCAGAGGAGGGCAAACCCACUGUGAUAAGUGAGCUCAGCUCCAGACUGCAGCAGCUAAACAAGGAUACAUGCUCGCUCGGUGAGGAACCGCUCAUAGGCUCUCUCGACCCCGGACGCAAGUCACCCGUGGCUGGUGCCAGACUCUUCAGCAGUCUAGGGGAGCUUCAUACCAUCUCUCAGCGAAGUUACGGCACCACCUUCACCAUCCGUCCGGGCAGCCGUUACCCAGUCACCCGUCGGACGCCCAGUCCCGGCUCUGCUUCCCCGGACCGUUCGGACCCUCUCGGACCCAUCAGAGGCUUCGGCCUGGCUACCUCGCCCACCGCGGCCCCGACCAUUCUAAAAUCGUCCAGCCUCAGUCUGCCCCACGAGCCCAAGGAAGUGCGCUUCGUCAUGAGGAGCUCCAGCGCCAGGAGCCGUUCCCCGUCGCCCGGGCACUCGCCAGGCGUGACUGCCCCGCUUCUCACCCUGCGCCCCUUUCACCAGAAACCCCUACACCUGUGGAACAAGUACGACGUGGCCGACUGGCUGGCCAGCAUCAACCUGGCUGAGCACUGUGAGCGCUUCCAGGAGCACGAGAUCGAGGGCUCGCAUCUCCCCGCCCUCACUAAAGAGGACUUUGCUGAACUGGGCGUGACACGUGUCGGCCAUCGUAUGAAUAUAGAACGGGCCCUAAGGCAGCUGCUGGAAAGGUGACCCUCCCACCCCACUUCAUCUGUAGCUAGGCUUUUAAAUACUAUUUUAAUAAUCUUUUUGUUUAUCAGAACUUUGUACUAUAUAUACUUUCUUAUUUCUUUUAUUUUUUAAUUCAUUUUUAAUUCAUUUUUGUUAAUUAGGAUCUUAAGGGUAUUUUUCCCCUUUUUGGCCCGAUCUAGUCAUAUCCAAUUCCCCAAUUCUAAUUGCUACAUCGCUGCAGACCCUGCCCUAACUGAAGAGAGCCUCAAACUAUCAUUCGCCUUCUGUGGCACGCUCACCCGCCAGAGAUGGGGUCUAACAGAGAGCAGUAUGGCGUACGUACUCGCGCGCUACUACCUGUGACUCGACCAUCUCUUGUGCAGGUGCCUCGACAUUUUACAUUUUCGGCAUUUUCGACAUUUAGCAGACACCUUUAUCCAAAGCGACUUACAGUUACAGUAUACAGUCUGAGCAAUUGAGGGUUAAGGGCCUUGCUCAAGGGCCCAACAGCAGCACCCUGGCAGUGGUGGGGCUUGAACCAGUAACAUUCUGGUUACUAGUCCAGUAUCUUAACCAUUAGGCUACGGCUCUGUUCGACCAGCCAACAGAGGCCGCAAUAGCAGCAUGAAUUAGAAACCCGAUUGUCCAUUUCCUCCGUCAGACACAGCCAGUCGUGUCGGUGACUGUGACAGCGCCAGGCCUGUCGAUAGCACGGCUAGAUUUCGAACCCUGGAGCCUGAGAUCUCAGCGCUGGUGAGCUGUGCCACCUAAGUGCCCCCGGAUAAAUAUUUGGUUCUUAAUAAGAUCCAGCUCCAGUAGCAAUUUCAUUCUCGAUCUCUCCUCUUAAUAUAUAACGGCAGGUAUUCAGGGGGAAUAUCAACGAGGCUGUAAAACACACAAACACAGAACCAUCAUGUCAGAAUAAGACUGACUCGGUUUACUUAGAAUUUUUUUAUCCCCUCUCCAAACACGUUCCCCUUAUUACCCGAUUCCUUCUCACAAUCUGCAGCUCGGGGUCCUCUUUUUUUCUUUAAAGGAGGGACGAUGUAAGACGAAGGAAGCUGAGUUGCCUUUUAGAAUAUUUUUGUAGAAGCGGCUGAGCAGAGUGGGUGUGGCCGGGUCGUGUCUACCUGCCUACUGCCUCCUUCUGGCUGAGAGACAUAAUACACCUGGAGAAUGUUAAACCAACACUAGUGGCUUUUUCAUAAUCAGACUUUUUCCUUAAAGGAAACGUGACUUUGAUUAGGAUCACAAUGUAUUUACAUAGCUUUGUUAAAGGAGAGACAGAAAAGACAAGGUGAACUGUGCUGAUCUGCACUCGUCUCUCUCCUUUAGAUGAUGUGAAUUCCAUCAAUAAUUUAAUCAUUUUUACCAAUUAUAUACACAUAUAUAUAUUUGAAAAGUAUAUAGAUAUAAGAAUAUAACACUUUGUCAUAAAUAUAAAAGUUAUAUAUGGUAUUCUAUUUAAAAAUACAGUUUUUUUUAAUUGGUCAUCCUUUUAUCUACUGUAGCAUGAACAUCACAGAUAUCAGCUGUCACAGCAAUCAGAUUUGAGAUUUUAACAGUGCAUCCCAUCAUGCCUUUUUCUUUUUUAGUUUAUGUUCCGAAUUCUGAAUUCUAAUUUAUCAAAACUUGGUCUUCCGUCGACGAUUCGGGCGCUCCACGGUGGCUAUAACGCGUGACCGGUUCCCUCCACCUCACACACAAAUGCACGCUGCCAAGUUCUUGACUCCUGUCACGCUGUCGACAGCUCCUCAUGCACUUCACACACAUGAAUAUCAAUUCAUAUCAAAAUUUUACACAAAAUCAACGUAUUAGAUGAGCUGUGCAAUAAAGGAAUGCGCGUGUGGAUUUGCGUGUGAUGUGACGGGGCCGCUGUGGGUCUGGGAACGUCUUUCCCGUACACGUUAACUCGACUGCGUGUCCCUGGGAGACGUUCAAGAUCUUUCUGAAUAAACUACAAGACUCGAUUUAUAAAUUGUACGCAGGGGCUCGUGUGGCUCAGGGGCUCUAAAGCAUUCAGGCAGUUUAUUUCAGUUUAUCACUUAUUGCUUGGUUGGAAUUUUCUUUCUUUCUUUCUUUAAUUCCCAUCAUUGGUGGAUUUUGUAGCUUGUGAAAUAUUAUAUUAUGCUUAGAAUAAUUUUUAUUCACGGAUUUAGCCUGAAUUUUAGAAUAACUACAAGGUGAAGCUGAAAAUACUGUCCUUUCCAAGCUUAUGACUGUAUAUAUGGACAAAAUUAUAAAUAUAAAUUCUUUUUAUAUCGCUCACAAGCAAUGUAUAUAUUAGUUUUCAUAAAAAUGUCUAAAAAUCUAAAAAAUAUAUAGAUCUAUAUAUGAAUGUUUGGCAUAUAUGCAUAGUGAUACACCUGUCGAUAAAAGGUGAAAAGAUUUUAUUCUUUGUAUGGACAGUUUGGGGACGAUUUGCACAAAACAAGGUGCUAGCAUUUACGCCAUCCAUGUUCACAUUUUCACACAUUUUGACUCCGUCGGCCAUUCCUUCAUCUGAUCUGAUAUCUGAUACACAUCCAGAACAAAGAAUCAUCUCCACGUGCGCUCUGCACACACUGGAACCGGCCUGUUCAAGCCAUCAGUCUGAUUAUCUAUUCCUUCUGCUCUUAGGAAGAAACUGAGGAAGGUUUAGACUGACAGAAACUGUGAUACUGGUUAAUGAUUGGCUGUGUGCACUAAUACGAGGCGCUCAGGUUUCCAAUCCAUAAAAAAACAACAGUUUAUCUCCGGCGUUGGGACACACAAGUUUACAAACACAGGCAAACAUCCAAGCAGAGGUGAAUCUACUCUCCCACAAUCAGUGCAUGUAAGAGAAAAGAACACUGUGUCGUCAAGCACCUUUCUAACAUUGACUAGCGUCCAAAUUGAAUCCCCAGUUUCAUCCACUGUGCCCUUCUAGCUUCACUGUGAGUUCAGUCUGGAUUUGCAUAAAUUUCAUCAUUUAUUUGUAAAAGGGGGAAAAGAAAGCACUUGUAUGGUCUACAGCAGUGGUUGUCAAGUAAUUGCCCCCUCCUAAACCUAAUAACUGCUUGUGCCACUCUUGGUAGUAACAACUUGCUUGAGAAUUUUUGACUCACUCUUUAUACCAAAUUGUUUUAAUUCGGCUACAUUGGACGCAUUUAAGCAUAAAACCCUCGAGAUUUGAGUCAGGACGUUGACUCGCCACUCCAAAAUGUUGAUUUUGUUUCUCUUAAGCUACUCAGAGAUCAACUUGCUUGUGUGCGGCACCCAGGUGGCACAGCUGGAUAUUCCGCUAGCUUACCAGCGCCGAGAUUCUGAACUCCUUGGUUCGAAACUUGCUGUUGCCACCAGUCAGCUGGCAGUGCCUGCAGCAAGACACAUCUCUGCUAGGGCGGGAUGGCCGGACUGUGUGGGUGUGGUCUUCAAACACUGUGUAAGGAUCUGUGCAGAGUGCAUGGGUGAAAAAGGGUUCUGCUAAGGGCUGUGCGCGGGUCGGAGGAGGCGUGAGCAGCAAUACACCCACCUCAACUACAAUCAGGGAUCCACCAGCAGCGGAAGACAGAUUGACUACACUAAAUUGGGAGAGAAUGCAAAAAUAAAAUAGAAAACAAACUUGCUUGUGGCUUCAGAUCAUCGGCCUGCUGCAAAAUUCAAGGUUUAAACCUUAACAGGCAAAUCACGGGUGUCUGCUCAGACGUAUAUUUGCCAUUUUAGCAAAGUUAACUCAAAGUUGACUAAAUUAUUGUGGGUUUUAUGUCUGUAAUUACAUUUAAAAAGACUGAGUUGAAAGUUCUUGUGGCUGCAAAAGCUUUUGUAGUUAGUUGGUUGGGUUUAUAAAACAUGCUUUAUUUAUUUAGGAACAUCUAAAUGUAUGUUAGAACCCUUUAUUAGGCCUGUCAUGGUUAUUAAAUUUUAGGUGAUGGCUUUUAUAAGUUUUCUGGCGAUUAUGGAUUAGAUUCAGUAAUACAAUAAUGCACAAACACUGAACAUGUAGCUUAUAUCAGUGUUAUACUGUACAUUAAACUUAAUUCCCCUUUAAGCUAAAAUAACUGGAAUUGGACCAUCCUAAAAUAAUAGUGACGCUCCGACCAUCCAGCACAGUGUUUAACUUCAUUAACAACACAGGCAAAACUCACUCACUCAGACACACACACACACACACACACACACACACACACACAUUCACCUAUAGGGCAAUUCAGUGUCUCCAAUUAACCUGACUGCAUGUUUUUGGACUGUGGGAGGAAACCGGAGCUCCCGGAGGAAACCCACGCAGACACGGGGAGAACAUGCAAAUCCCAGGACCUUCUUGCUGUGAGGAGACAGUGCUACCCACCUAGCCACCGUGUCGACAGACAAAACAUUUAAUCAUUAAGAAGAAUCAUUUAAAGCUAGAAGGGCACAGAACAACAUUUCUGGAUCGAUUUAAAAUCAGGAACUAUGAAAACUGUGACUUGCAUUUACAUUCUCUAUAUUUAUGCACACUUAAUAUGCAUUAAAAUUCAUAAAAUUCUUUUUUAAAUCAGUCCCAGUUUUUUUUUAUUAGUUUUAAUCUGGGGAUGGAUGAAUUUAUUAUGUAAAUUUACAGGUUUUAUUAUUUGCUAUAAAAAUCUCAUGGGACACUUUAGAGAGCCGAGAUGCAGACGCUGGCAUAUUUAUGUCUUAUAGGGCUUUUUCAGAAAUAAAAAGAAAGAAGACGUAUCAUGACUGCAUAUUUUAUUAUUUUAUUUAUUACUGGAUUCUCUACCUUCAGUUCACGUCCACUGUCAGUCCAAUUUCUCCUAAAUAAUUUGCCUUAGUCUGCCACAGUCAUAUUCCACCAUUCUUCUCAUUAUCAUCAUGUCCUCUUCUAAAUCUAGAGUAGUUCAUUCAAUCGUUUGUGUCUAUAUGAUAAGAAUAACUAUUUAAAAAGUGAACGAUGAACAAGAGAAAAGAACAAUGUGCCAAAAGUGAUUAGAUUAGAGCUUUUCACACUAGUUCAGUUGAAGCUGUUAGACUCAGAAGUACGGUGCCGCCUCCUGGAAAUCUUGAGAACUCCAAACAUUUUCAUUUCUUGCUGUGUCCAGUGCACAAACCUUCUUUUGUUUGUUUGUUUUGUGGGUAGAUCAAUCAUAAAACUAUAUCUAUAGGUUCUGUGAAUUUUUUUUUGUGGCCUGCUUUGUGUGGACACUUCACUUCUGGGUUUGAUUAUCAGUUUUCCUUUGGCUGGAGUCUGAGGAGCUUUUUGGUGACGGGUUGUUUUCCACAGUAGAAAAGCACCUCAGGUCCAGAGCAAAUUCAAUCAUUUGGGGGGAAAAAAGAAUAAAUAAUAAAUGGUUUGUAACUUUAGCUUAUUUACUGAAGAUGGUUGGGGGAUGUGAAAUAAACCAACACCAUGAACAUGACCAUGCUCUGUAGAGUUGUCACUCGAUUCCUGACCAACAAAAGCACAAUAAAAUAGUAAAAAAUG